GGCAAAAUGGUCAGGUGACACAGAGUAGAUGUUAAUGAGGAGGACUUUGAAAGUGGAAAAGGAUUAUUCUGAAAAAUAUACAGCUGGAGCUGUGGGCCUUCCGACUUCAGAAGAACGCUUAUUGCCUUGGAAUGUAUAUUGACAGUCGUCUCUAAGGACUAAAGAGAGAGACUUACUUGAUAAAGAGCUGGGCAACAAAAUUCUACCAAAGUAACAUAGAGACUGAAUGCCUGUGGCCUGUCAAUCUGAACGGAGGUUGGCAAGUGAGCAGGAAUGGAUGUGUUUGGUGGAGCACCACGGUUUCUGGCCUACCCUCGUCCUGUGGUUGUACAGAGUGGCACAGACGCAGUUCUGAAAUGCCAAAUCGGCGGGGAUCCCAGACCAGCAGUUAUAUGGGAAAGAAACAAUGAGAAAAUCUGUCCAGAGGUCAGAUACCGGGUGUUUGAAGAUGGCAAUGUCUACAACCUUAUCAUAACUUCAGUAACAAUGGAAGACAGUGGGCAAUACAUCUGCAAGGCCAAGAACUGCAUUGGUGAGACUUAUGCGGCAGCAACCUUGAAAGUAGAAGGCGAAGCACAAGAGAUGGAAUUGCGAGAGGAAAACAAGCCACGCUUCCUCAUCAAACCUCUCUCAACCAGGGUUGGACGAGGAGAGGAUGCCAUGUUCUCCUGUAAGCUUUGGGGAAACCCUUUACCAGAGGUGAUGUGGGAGAAGGAUGGGAAGAAAUUGAGCGAGAUCUUUGAGAGCACACAUUUCAGUGUUAGCUAUCAGGAUGGAGGAUGGUUCCAGCUAAAGAUUUUCAAGACACGAGCACCAGAUGGAGGGGUCUAUACGUGCAAGGCCCGGAACAAAUUUGGAGAGAGUCUGGCUGGGGCUGUGCUGUUGGUGGAUGCAGGACCAGGACAUGAAGAUGAAGGGAAUCGUAACGGUUACACUAAUGGUCACUGGAAAGCUCAUCAAGGAAAACAGAGAAGUGGCAGGCAGGUUGCAACAAGGCUGAAAGAUGACCCACUGCCGAACUCAGCCAAAGUGAAAAUGUUUGCAGUGACAGAGGGGAAACAUGCAAAGUUUCGUUGCUACGUAACAGGGAAGCCCAAACCAGAAAUAUUAUGGCGGAAAGAUGGGAGGCUAAUUUUGUCUGGUAGACGGUAUCUGCUGUAUGAGGACAGAGAGGGAUACUUCACACUAAAAGUUCUCUACUGCAAACAACAGGACAAUGGAGUUUAUGUCUGUUCUGCUUCCAACAGUGCAGGGAAAACCCUGAGUGCUGUACACCUUAUCGUCAAAGAACCACCAGUGCGAUUUAAGCAACCACUGUAUGACCUGCAAGUCUGGGAGAGGGACUUGGCUAUUCUUGAGUGUGAAGUUCCUGAAGACUCUGUUCCAAUCACAUGGUAUUUAGAAGACAGGCGGCUACAGCCAGGAGCCAAAUACGGGAUGGAGGAGUGGGGGACAAAGCGGCGACUCACAAUUCGUGAUAUUGGAGUUGAUGAUGAUGGGAUAUAUCUCUGCGAGAUGGCCGAUGGAGGCAGAAGCAUUGCUGAGGUAGCAGUCAAAGGCACCAUUGUAAGAAAGCUGCCACGAAAAGUUGAUAUAUUGGAGGGGGAAAAUGCAGCAUUCUGUGUGGAAGUGGAGGAAGAGGAAAUGGAGAUUCAUUGGUACAAAGAUGGAACGGAGCUAAGGGAGACCCAUCAGACAAUUCUUAAAUCUUUUGGAAGGACACACAUUUUGGUCUUUGUCAAUACUACACCACAAGACUCUGGUCUGGUCACUUUCUACGUGGGUAGAUCAAAGACAUCAUCUCAGCUACGAGUAAAAGCGGCAAAGCACUGUCCACCGAGCUGCCCUAUUGGGGUACAGAUAAACACAGAACGAGCAAAUGCAGCUCUCCUUUCCUGGUUUCCUUCACAAGAUUCUCGAAAGAAUCCACCUUCUGGAUAUAUAAUUGAGAGACAAGAGGUUGGAUCACAGGAGUGGCUCCAAUGUUUGACCACUGACACCGCAACCUCAGUGGAAAUUCUUGGCGACAGUGUUCCAUGCGAGGCAGACUACAGAUUCCGUAUAUGCAGCGUCAAUAAAUAUGGAAGGAGUGGAAAUGUAGAGUUCCCUCGUGCAGUUCACCUUGUUCCAGUUGCCAGAAUUCAAGCACCUCUGCAAGAUGCUUUAGUGCCAGAAGGCCAAGAUGCCAGCUUUACCAUCGAGCUCUCUGCCUCAGUUAUAGGCACUUGGUUUCUCAAUGGAAACCAGCUUCAAGACGAUGAACGUUUCUCCAUAAGGCGUUCACGUACACACCAGUCCCUACGCAUUCAUAAAGUACGAGUCACAGACAAUGGAGCAGAGAUCACCUUCAUUGCCUAUGGAAUUCGGGAUUCUGCUGCUCUGUAUAUACAAGCUCCAUUGGUAAAAUUCACUCCACUUUCUGAAAUGGAUCGAAACAAAUUUGUGGAAGUUGGUAACCCUAUAGUGCUCUACUGUGAGCUGUCAGACCCUGAGGCCCCAGUCCGUUGGUACAAGAAUGGUGUUGAACUUCAUUCAAUGGAAGGUCUACACAUCCAAUCAGUUGGAACAAUGAGGAGGAUUGUCAUCCAAUCAGCGGAUUUCACCCACUCAGGAGUUUAUAGCUGCGAUGCAAUUGAUGAUGUCAUCAGGUUUAAUGUGGAGGUUGAGGCACCUCCUGUAACAUUUGCCUAUAUCCCAGAGGAUAAUCUGCACAGAAAUAUUGUGGAACAAGACAAUCUUCUUCUUUGUUGUGAGGUAUCCAGGUCGGAUGCAACUGCACAAUGGUAUAAGGACGGAGUGGAAAUAAAGUCUAGUGACAAUGUCCUUAUAGAGGCAGAAAACACCAUACGAAGGCUAAUCAUCCUGUCCACUCAGCUCUCAGAUUCUGGGACAUAUACCUGUCGUGCCGGAGAUAGUGCCUUAAUAUUUAAAGUUAAUAUAAGAGAACCUCCAGUGAUGAUUGUAUAUCCCAAGGAGGAUGUCCACCUUGAUCGUCAUGUUCCUGAGGAAAUUGUCCUUAGCUGUGAACUGUCAAGGCCAAAUGGAAAGGUAACAUGGUUCAAGGAUGGACAGAAACUUCAGGAGAGCGAAAACAUAAAGCUAAAGAUGGAGGGUCCAUACAGACGGCUAAACAUUCUGCGCAGUGGUGUUGAGGACUCUGGAGAAUAUGUCUGUGACACAGCUGAUGACUCAAUAUUCUUCAAUCUGAACAUAAAAGAACCGCAGGUACGCAUAGUUUCUCCAAGCCAGUCCCAAAUGGAACUUUGCCAGCAGACAUCAGAGAGGAUGGUGCUGAGCUGUGAAAUCUCCAGACCCAAUGCCAAUGUGCGUUGGUAUCGAGAUGGACUUGAGGUGGAGGAAAGUGACAGCCUAAUCCUUGAGGUUGAUGGUGUCUACAGGAGACUUAUUAUACCAAAACCUACGGUUAGAGACUCUGCAGAAUAUGUUUGUGACACCGCUGAUGACUCUAUGACCUUCUUCGUAAAUAUUGCAGAGCCACCAGUUAGAUUUAUACGGCCAAGGAAAAUAGCCUGUGGAGUAGAAAAACUGGUUGGAGACAUUGUGGUGCUUGAAUGUGAAGUGUGUCGAUCAAACGCUGAAGUUAGCUGGAAGAAGGAUGGAGAAGAGAUUGAGGAGAACAGCAACAUAACUAUCACAGAGGAUGGAACAAGUCGACAGUUGACAAUUCAUUCAGUAGAUUUUGAGGAUGCAGGGCAAUAUGUGUGUGAUGCCAGAGAUGAUGUAAUGGAUUUCCUAGUGAAAAUCAAAGAUCCACCUCUGAAAAUACUGCGAAAGGCUGAUUUAGAGACAAAAAGGCAUUUUGUGGUACCUGAUACCAUUGUGUUAAAGUGUGAGAUCUCAAGAGCAAAUGGGGUGGUCAGCUGGCUUAAAGACAAUGAGAAGAUUGGAGGAAAUGAGCAUUUCAUAUGUGAAGAGGAAGGCGCAUUCAGAUCUCUGAUUGUCCUGAGUGCCGAGCUGAGGGACUCAGGGGAGUACAUUUGUGAUACACAGGACGAUAAUGUUGUCUUCAGUGUUACUGUAGAAGAAGCUCCAGUGUCCAUUGUUGGGAAUAUAGAAAAGCCAGAACAUCAAACUUUAAUCUCAGGAAAUGAUCUUAUCCUGGAGUGUGAGGUAUCUCGAGCAAAUGCUGUAGUUCAGUGGUUCUACAAUGGAAUUUUAGUACAGGAGGAUGUGCGCACAACCAUUGAAAGCAGAGACACAAUGAGGAAACUUGUAAUAUCAGGACUUCAAGCAACUGACUCUGGUGAAUAUCUCUGUGAUGCUAUCGAUGACAAAAUGACAACUAUGGUAACAGUUCAAGUUCCUCGCAUUGUGGAGUUUAUUGUGGAGCUGCACAACAUAACUGUCAUGGAAGGAGAAGACGCCACAUUUAAGUGUGUGGUGUCUCCAGAGGAUGCGAAGUUGGCCUGGUUUAGGAAUGGCGAGCCAAUUUCAUCAAAUGAGAAGUUCAACAUCUCAAGUCAUAGAUUAUGCCAUGUGCUGCUUAUCAACAACUGCCAAGUCUCGGACAGCUGCAAGCUAACAGCCGAAGCUGAAGGUGUGCUUUCCAAAGCCAUCCUUCAGGUCCAAGAGACACAAGUGCUUUUCACAAAGAGCAUGAAGCCAGUGGUAGCAGAAGAGUUUGGAGAGGCAACUCUUGAGGUGGAGGUCAACCUCGAGACUGGGGAGGUGCAGUGGAUGAGACAAGGAGUGGUUAUACAUCCAGGGCCCAAGUUCACCUUGAAACAGAAUGGCCAGAAAUGCUCCCUCACAAUCCACAAGCUCGCCCUUACCGACCGGGGCACCUACAGCUGUGAAACACUCCACGACCGCACGCAAGCCAAGCUUAGUGUGGAACCACGAAAAAUCAAGAUCCGGAAAGGUCUAACUGAGACCCAGACUUAUGAACGAGAGACAGCUUCUUUUGAGGUGGAGCUGUCUCACUGCAAUGUUGAAGCAGUGUGGCAGAAGGACGGACACUCACUCAAAAACAACAACCACUUCCGUAUGACUGCAAAGGGACGGGUACACAGCCUUACUGUCUCCAACCUGACCGUAGAUGACACUGGCACCUACACGUUCUCUGUUGAGAAUGUCAAAUCAUCAGCAAGAUUGAUUGUUAAAGAAAUACCAGUAUCAAUCCUGAAAAAGCUUGAGGAUGUCAGCCAACCAGAGGGUACUGCGGUAACACUUGAAUGUGAGCUGUCUCGACACAAUGUAGACAUAAAGUGGACAAAGAAUGGAGUUCAGCUUAAGCCAGGAAAAGAUCAUCGUAUAUACUCUAUUGGAAGGAAGUGCUUUCUACAGAUCCUAAAGUGUGAGCUGGGAGAUUCUGGCUUGUAUGUGUGUGAUGCUGGGGAUGCCAAAACAUCCUGUUCAAUAGAGAUCUAUGAGAGGGUGCUUGAGAUUUUGCAAAGCUUGGAAGAUCUGAAAAUUCAAGAGGAUCAGAAUGCAGUGUUCAUGUGUGAAGUGUCCCUGGAUGAUGUUCCUGGAGAAUGGUUUAAGAACAGCGAGACCAUAAAACCAACCAGCACCAUUAAGAUUCGUCAGGAAGGAUCUAAGCACUUCCUCCUCAUAUGCAAUGUUAAAGGAGAGGACGCUGGAGAGAUCAAGUUUGUUGCCAAGAAUGCUGAGUCUACAGCUUACCUUAAGGUUGAAGCACUCCCAGCGAACAUAGCAAAGCCACUUCAGGAUAAAACAGCUCUGGAAAAAACCCGCGUUGUACUGGACUGCUCGGUGACUAAUCCCCGUUGCAGUAUUCGUUGGUAUAAAGGCCCUAAUGUCAUCCUGCCCUCAGAGCGCUUUGAGAUCUGCAGUGAGGGGUGCUAUCGAAAACUUGUCAUUCAGCAGGUGAUGUUAGAGGACGAGGGCACCUAUUGUGUUCAAGUUGGGAACUACACAUCCUCAGCAAGACUUACUGUAGAAGCUCAGUCCAUCCUGAUUAUGAGAGAGCUGGAGGAUGUGGAUGUUACUGCUCCUGAGGAUGCAUGCUUUGCAUGUGAAGUCUCUUUACCUGUGGCCAAUGCUCCGACUUGGACCCUGAAUGGCGAAACACUGCAUCCUGGUCCUAACGUCAUUAUAGAGAAAAUGGGAACUGUUCAUAGGUUGACUCUUAAACAGACAUCUGAGGACAUGUGUGGUACUGUGUGCUUUAUCUCAGGAAAAGCCAAAAGCACUGCAAAUCUCUGUGUCAGAAGUAGCCAUCUGUAAAAAACAAUCAAAACAACAACUUGUAAGUACAGACAGUGAUCAAUACCGAACUACGCCACCAUUUCUAUACAAAAUGGAUCAAAUGAAAUGAUGACACCAUCAAGUCUCUUUUUCUUUGAAUGUGUCUGAAUAUGCUUGUCUGGGUUUUCUUUUUCUUUUGGAACUGUCAAAAGUCAGCUUAUUCCCCAUUCUAUACAUUGACCAUCCAAUAUAGAGACAUUUCUUCAAUUCUAAUGUAGUCUAAAUCUUUUAUUUAAAAAAAAUGCAAUAUGUAAAUUACAUAAAAAUGAACAGCACCAACCCUGACAGCCAGACAUGUAAUUCAUCCGUUUAGUUACAACUUGUAUUUCUUGCACAUUUAAUUUGGUAUUUGAAACUUGUGUACUAUAUUCUUGUAUAGAUUUUCUGUUUAUUAAUUGUUGUUUUGUGGGAUGCAGAUUAAAGUGAGGAGGUUUAUUGAGGAGAGUGCAUGUGAUCAAAUGUGCAGGGCCAAAGAUGAUCACAGGAGGUCAUAUGUUUCAGCAUAUCUAACUAAUAAAUUGAAUGAAUGAAAAGAGUAGGGAAAUUUUUAUUCAAUUCAAUUUAUUUGUAAUUUACAAAUAAAUUGAAAUGCUUUCAAGAGUAAUAUUUUAGUUGUUUGCUAAAUUCAAAUAUUAAAAAAAAUACAAUCCUAUAGUGAUCAAUACGAUCCCUUGUUUAUCAAUAUCUUUCAAUAAAAUAAGCUUUACAGAGCAUGCUUCCAGUCUUAACUUUUCUUUAUGUUCUUCUGCUAUUUGAAAUGAAUCAUGAUAUUAAAGGGAUAGUUCACCCAAACAUUUUUAUUCUCUCAUAAUUUACUCACACGUCAUCCCAGAUGUGUAUGGCUUGCUUUCUUAAGCUGAACACAAACAAAGAUUCUUAAAAGAACAAUUCAGCACUGUUUGUCCUUACAAUGCAAGUGAAUGGUGACCAAACCUUUGAAGAUCCAAAAAGCACAUAAAAUCAGCACAAAUGUAACUCAUACAACUCCAGUGCUUUAAUCCAUGGGUGCUUCUCAUUUCCUAAAUUGUGCAUCCUUGUUUCCUCGCUCCACCAUCAUGUAGGGCAUGCCAAUUCUCUAGUCUAAAGGCACCGCGAGGGGCGAGGAUCAACGAUUCUUAACGAGGACGCUUGAGCAAGGAAACACCGAUUUCGCUGGCAUUGACCGCAGCGUAAAUAACUAGAAGGUUAUAUAAUACCAGAGUUAGUGCGAGUAGGGGUCAAAUCUUUCUGUGGCAGGGAGAGCUCUCACUCCACCUGCCACGGAAAGAUUAGUGAUCUGGGCUUAUAAACUAUCACACAACCACAGGAUGUACAGCCAAAUUAUGAGCCAAUGUCUGAUAAUUUUGAAACGUCAGCAUUUAUAGUAAAAGAGUAAGUAAAUCAUUCACUUGUUGCUUUGUGUUGUUACAUUGAAGAGACGGAAAUAAAAUCUGCUUCUUUCUUUAUUGAGAUUGUGAUGAUAGUCUUUUUUGUCUCCAUGUAAACCUCUGUUCACAUGUACCUGCAUAACCUCUGAUGAUGCCUUUAUUUAUUUCUAAAGGCGAUGUUUCAUAAGCCAUGCUGAAUGUGAUAUAUGCGUGUUUGUUUUACUAUGCAAUGCUAAGAAAUUGAGGAUGCUCACAAUCAAGAACAUAAGAGUAAAAUGCGUUUAUUAGUUUGCCUUAAGGAUGCGGGUUCCCCUGCUAGAAACCCCAUCAACAAUGAAAACUAAACACAACAGAUUGGUACCGUGUUGAGUGAGAUUGCGAGCACGCAUGUUUGAUUGACAGACCGCGCGUGAGCGCACUAGCACUGUGUAUGAACGCGAGGGGAGUCAGAUACGGAGUCGUGUUACCACCAGUGCAGAGCUUGCUCAAUAUUGACAGCAGUUUGGUGUGAGUACAUCUGCAUGCACAGUGAGGCGAAGACUUUUGGACAAUGGCCUGGUGUCAAGAAGGGCAGCAAAGAAGCCACUUCUCUCUAAGAAAAACUUCAAGGACAGACUGAAAUUCUGCAGGAAGUACAAGGAUUGGACAGCAGAAAACUGGUGCAAAGAUAUUUUAUCUGAUGAAACCCCCUUCCGACUGUUUGGGACAUCUGGAUAAUCGAUAGUCCGGAGAAGAUAAGGUGAACGCUACCAUUAGUCCUGUGUCGUGCUGACAGUGAAGCAUCCUGAGACCAUCCAUGUGUGGGGUUGCUUUUCAUCCAAGUGGGCUCUUUCACAAUUCUGCCCAAAAAUACUGUCACGAAUAAAGAAUGGUAUCAAAACGUCCUGCAAGAGCAACUUCUCCCAACAAUCCAGGAGCAAUUUGGUGAUGAUCUGGGCAUUUUCCUGCAUGAUGGAGCACCACGUCACAAGGCAAGAGUGAUAAUGUCAAAUCAAAUCAAAUCACGUUGUGGCGGCACGGAGAUCAUUACAUUGAAAUUUUGGAUCCAUGGCCAGGCAACUCCCUGGAUCUUAAUGCCAUAGAGAACCGGUGGUCAAUCCUCAAAA